UUUUCUCCACAAGUUCAGCAGUAUUUGCUGAAGCUCAGCUGUAUUCUUGCUGCUUGAAGCAAAAUCAGGAACAUGUUUUUGAGAUUGAGUUUUCACAUGACAAGGGCUAUUCAAUUUAAACAAAUUCAUGUUUUUGCGCAGCUGUAGUUUAGCCACAAAUGAGAUUGAUUUCAUAAACACAUACUUUCCCUAUGAUGCUUCAAUUCUCUGCCAUAUGUUUCAAUUUUGACAUUUUCUGACUUGUAGGAAAACAAAUUGGCAGAAUUCCAAACAAAGAAAAGUUCACUGAACCUUUCAAAGAAGACGUGGGAGUCUUGUGAUUUAAUUGCAUCGCCCUCAAGGAAUGUUUUUAGAAAGUCAUAUGAGUUUUACCUCAGUCUGUUUCCAGUAAUUUGAAGUUCCUGCUGGACAAUUCGUUCAAUAUCAGGCUUUCAGGCAAUACUCGAGAGCUUUACAGCAGCCCUCAACAACGGUCUAGUCACCAGUCUGCCAAUGCUUCCAAUCCAAGGAUAUCAGCAACUGUAAUACAAGUACCAGAGCUGGAAUUUCGCCGGUAACAUUACUGAAGACAUCCUGUGUUCAGACAUUGUAGCUUACCUGCUGAAAAUAUAAUUUCUACAAAACAUGGAAAGUGAGUCAGAAACCAGAAUGGUGGAGGAAACACAGAGAAACAAUAGCUCAAUUUCACCAAAAUCCACGCAAGAAACAGAAUCAACCCAAAAUGAAAUUGUUAAGGAAGAUCUACAAGCUGCUCGAAGGAUUGAGAGAUUUGCCAUACCCCUCGAUGAUCUGAAAAUGCUGUUUGAGAGGUCAGACACACCAAAGAGCAAAAAGGAACUGAGAGGUAGAGGUUCACUCUCUCCAGCUUCAAAUCAGCAGUCUCAAAGUCCUUCAGACAGUUCUUUAAGUAAUCUGGAUUGUAAGGUUAGAGGAGAACUGGAGGAAGCAAUGUCCUUGGACAGCAAGGAAACAAACACCAAUGAGGCCGCUUUCACAUCUGAUGAGCCUAGCCGGGCUGACAUUGUGCCUCUUGAUAUCCAGGAGACUGUCUCACUUAAGGACCGAUUGGCCAUGUAUCAAGCAGCUGUUUCUAAGAAGGCAAGCAACAACUCUGCAGUUGUGGCUCCAGAAGAAGAAGCUCGUGCCUUGCCUGGAGGUCUAGCAAGUGUGAAGAAACAGUUUGAAUCACAUAGCACUGUUGCUCACUACCAGCAGCAAUCUGUGCAGGAUGUGACAAGCACCAGCAAAGUUAAAGUGAACAGCAGCACUAGGAAAACUGAUCAGACAGAUGGUCUACCAUCAACAACUGAACAGCUUUUAACCUACAAAAUGGAAACGGCUUCUGUUAUGGAACAGAAUACUCAUCUGUCAAGUACAGUGGGCAACUUUGAAAAUCACUUCAAUGAUUUCAGUGAUGAAAAGCCAAAAAUCUCCACUCAGCUGUUAAAAGAGCAGUUUGAAAAAACAGCCCAGCCUACUCAAAUGGCAACUAACACCACCAAAAAGAUUAAGACAGAGCAUAACUUCCAAGAGAUGCAGUGGCCUCCUGUUGUUUCUACUUCCAACAUGUCCACUACUGGCAAGAUUUCUGAAGUUACAACAUUAAGGAAAAUAGACAGUACAGCUGCUUCAAUUUCUGUUGGCUCCAGUAACUGUGGAAACAUGGAAGAAUUCCCUCCUCCACCACCAGAUUUACUCAAUGCACCAUCAGAGAUAACUUAUUUUUUGCAAUCUCCUGAACCCCCCCUCUCUGCAACGAAACAAAUCAUUCCCAAGGACCUGUAUUCAAAGCAAAGAAAUCUUUAUGAGCUAAAACGUUUGUAUAAACAUAUCAAUCCAGGAGUGAGAAAGAACCUGGAAAAGGAAUUUAUACAAGAGAUCAGUGAAAUUGUGACAAAUGAAUCAAAAGAUAAGGAUGUAAUGGGGGAUGUACAACAGGCUAAGUAUGUUUUUGAACACACUGGUCAUAGCCCCCAGAAAUGUAUGAGCCCAGAGAGAGAGUAUUUAGAAUGGGAUGAGAUCCUAAAAGGAGAGGUACAGUCAAUGCGCUGGAUGUUUGAGACUCAACCAUUGGAUUCUAUCAAGGAUGAAACCCCUGACCAAAGUGAUGCAAAGUGCAUUUCACAACAAGAAAUGAUAGCAGGAGGUGAUGUGAAAUAUACAACUUGGAUGUUUGAGACUCAAGCCAUUGAUACACUUGGUGUAAGUUCUCCGGAAUCAACAGAAAACACUGGUAAGAUACCUGAAUUAGCAAGAGGAGAUGUCCGCACUGCCACUUGGUUAUUUGAAACACAACCACUUGAUUCGAUGAAUAAAAUUCAUCAAGAAGAUGAACUGGCAAUAGAAACGUCUACUGCAAAAGAUAUUACUGCUGGUGAUGUCAAAACUGCAAGAUAUUUAUUUGAAACUCAGUCCCUUGAUACACUUGGGCACUUGGAUUCAGUAGAUGAAAUGAAUUUCCUGCAACUGAAAACUGAAGUUCAAGAAAUUAAAGGAAAUGUGAAAAAAACAACAAAGUUAUUUGAAACCCAACCACUCUAUGUUAUUAGGGAUUGGUCUGGCCAAGUGCUAGAAAUCCAAACUGUCAAAAGAGAGGAGAUUGAAAGAGGAGAUGUAAAAACUGCACUCUGGCUGUUUGAGACAAAACCUUUAGAUAUGAUUCAUAAGGAUGUUUCAAGUAUAAAGGUUGUAUGUGGUAUCUCUAGGGAAGAGGUUAAUCAAGGUGGUGUGAAUAGAGCUAAAUGGUUAUUUGAAACGCAUCCCUUAGAUAGCAUUAAAGAACAGUUAGAAACAGACACUACAGUCAAGCAUAAAGAAGAAAUACAAGGUGCUGAUGUUAGUAGACAGUGCUGGAUGUUUGAAACCCAACCAUUUGACUCCCUAAAAGACAACGAUAAUGCAAAACCUAUAGAAACUGAAGAAAUAAUCGGAGGUGAUGUACGUUCAACCAAACUCCUAUUUGAGACUGUUCCCAUGGACACAUUAAAGGGCAGCCCAGAUACUGGAAAGAUUAAACAUGUGAUUGCUACUGAAGAGGAAAAAGGGGAUGUGAGGCACCAGACAUGGAUUUUUGAGACCCAGCCACUUGAGAUGAUUGGGGAGGAGAAGGAAAAAUAUGCAAAAACAAUUCAUCUGGAAGAAAUCAAAAAAGGUGAUGUCAGCAAUUACAAACAGUUGUUUGAAACUAUGAAUUUAAGUCACACUGAUGAAUCUAAAAAAAUUCAAGUGGAUGGUGUUAUUAGUGGUGCUGUGAUGUCAAAUAGAACUUUAUUUGAAACAACUCCUCUAUAUGCUGUUCAGGAUAGUGCUGGACACUACCAUGAGGUCAAAACUGUGAGUAGAGAAGAAAUUGUGAGGGGUGAUGUUCAAACAUGUAGAUGGAUGUUUGAGACAACCCCUAUUGAUCAAUUUGAUGAAAGUAUUCAAAAGUUUCAAAUCAUUAAAGGUAUAUCCAAAGAAGAAAUACAAUCCGGUGAUGUGAAGACAGCUAAGUGGCUCUUUGAAACACAACCACUUGAUGCUAUCAAAUAUUUUAGCAAUGUAGAAGGUGAAGAAAUUAUAACAAAGCAACAUGAUGAUAUUAGAGGAGAUGUACAAACUUGCAGAUGGCUGUUUGAGACACAGCCAAUGGAUGCUCUGUAUGAAAAAGUAGAUAUUAAAAACCAAGUUGAUGAGAUUCAGAGAGGGGAUGUAAAAACUUGUACCUGGUUAUUUGAAACACAGCCUUUAGAUGCAAUAAAAGAUAAUUCAGAAACUAUUCUAACAGUGCGUACAGUUCAGCAGGAAGACAUCCAGGGAAAUGACGUACGAAUGACCCGUUUUCUAUUCGAGACUGAACCCCUGGGAAAUAUACAAAGAGAGAAGGAAGAAUUUAGGCGGGUGACUGAAAUAGAUAUACAAUCAGGGGAUGUAUCUCGUAAGAAGUGGAUCUUUGAAAAUAAGUCUCUUGAUCUGAUAAAUUCCAGUUCAGAAGAGGUGUUGAAAAAAAUUAGAUCUACGACGGCAGAAGAUAUUCAGAAAGGUAAUGUAAUUAAUUGUACUUGGCUUUUUGAAAAUCAUCCAAUAGAUGCUAUAAAAGAAAAUAUUGAAGAACGAGCAAUUCUUCGUACAAUCACAGAUGUUCAGGGUGGGGAUGUUGAUGAAGGGCGAUUCAUUUUUGAGACCUUUUCACUAGAUCAAAUUAAAGAUGAGUCAUCAGAAAACACAGACCUUAAAAAGUUCAGCAUGGAACAAAUAGAAAAAGGGGACGUUAAAAACUACACUAUGUUGUUUGAAACUCAGCCUCUAUAUGCCAUUAAAGAUAAGGAAGGCUGUUAUCAUGAAGUAACGACUGUUCGGAAGGAGGAAAUAAUUAGUGGAGAUGUACGGGGCACUAGAUGGCUGUUUGAAACUAAGCCACUGGAUUUAAUUAAAGAAACUGACGAAGUGUAUGUCAUCAAAUCUGUAACACAAGAAGAUAUUCAGAAAGGCGAUGUUACUUCUGCACGUUGGAGAUUUGAAACACAGCCUCUGGACAAAAUUACAGAUCAUGAGAAAGUUAUUGUCAAAACAGUCUCUGAUGUACAAGGUGGUGAUGUGAGAUCCAGUGCUCAACUAUUUGAGACAGAUCUUGAUCAAAAAUAUGUUAGAACAGUCAGUGUCAGUGAAAUACAGCAUGGUAAUGUAAGGACAGCUACUUGGCUUUUUGAGUCACAUACCAUUGAUGAGAUAAAAGGGGAAGAUUCAGAAUGUGAAAAGAUUGAGACAGUUGGACGAGAAGACAUACAAAAAGGAGAUGUAAAACAGGCCAUAUGGCUUUUUGAAAAACAACCAUUGAGCAGCAUAAAAGAAAUUGAUGAAAGAAAUACAAAAAUACUUGAAGAAAUUCCACAGGUGGAUGUUAAAACUACAACCUGGCUUUUUGAAACUACGCCUUUGCACCAAUUCACUGAAAAUCCUGUAGAAAGACCUGAAAUAAUAGGAAAAAAUAUUAAAGAAACACUUAAGUCACUUUAUGACUGCAAACUUGUUCAAUCCCAAGGAAUCCUCAUUGAAGCAGAUGAGGUUGGAGAUAUCAGAAUGGCAAAAUAUCAACUUCUAAACCAAACAUCCCCAGAGAUACAAAAAGAACAGAUUGUCAGAGGUGAUCUCCAAAAAAUAAUGAUGGAACUGCUAUGCAAAAAAGAAUUUACAGAGAAAGGGAUUACGAUAGACACUAAUGAAAAAGGUAACAUUAAUCUGACAAGAGAACAACUUUUUAAGAAGCCAAUAAAUACUAACAUAGAAAAAGAAAAAAUAAUUGGUUGUGAUAUUCAGCAAAUUAUCAACAAUCUUUUUAGUCAUGACAAUUCUGCAAAAAGGGGGAUUCUGAUUCAAGAGAGUGAGAAAGGAGAUGUGAAGAUGACAAUCUAUUCUCUUCUCAAUAGAGCAGAUGAUAACAAAUUUCAGCAAGAUGAAGUCAUAAAAGGUGAUAUACAAGCUGCAAUUGAUAAACUUAUAGCUACUUCUCAGAACAGUGAAAAUUCACAGAAAGUUAAGGUAAAUGACACUGAAAAGGGAAAUGUUCAGUUUUACACAACUUGUAUUGAAUCGGGAGCAAUGGACUAUCUUAAAUUACUUCAACAGGAGACUGAUGAAAUUGCUGUGACUCAACAAAAGUCUGAGGAAGUAAUACAUGGAGAUGUUGAAGGUGCCAAACAAAAGCUUAAGCACCAACAAAUGCAUAUUGAACGUACAGUUGCAGAAUCAGAAAUCUUAUGUGGUGAUGUCCAAAAUGCAAUGCUGACUUUUAUGGCAGAAAACCAAAAUGUAUUUACCAAUGUAGAAAAGGAAGAAAUUGUGCGAGGUGAUUUAAGAGUGGCUUUACAUUCACUUAAUCAGGCCAUAAAUCAACCCACACAAGUAGCAAAGGAAGAGGUUGUACGUGGUAAUCUAUCUGAAACUUUAAAGUCUCUCGAAGAAGCAAAAUCUCAAAAAAAAAUUGCUGAAAAAUUUGAAAUUAUUCCCGGAGACAUUAAAGGUACUUUAGAUUCUCUAGAAAAGUCAAUAAAUAUGAGGAUUGAAGUAGUUGAGCCAGAUGGUGAUCUUAAAUGUACAUCCAAAUGUUUGGAUAAAACACAAGACAAAAAGGAACAGGCUGAAAAGGAAAUCAUAAUGAAAACUGACCUUCAAACCUCUACGACAAAUUUAAUGGAAACAGCUUCUGAAAAGAAAGAGGCACAUUGGACGUGCAAUAGAAGAGAUAUAAAAGCAACUAUCCAAAACCUACAGCAGUCAUCAGGACAGCUGGUUCAGGCUAGUGAAACAGAAGCUGUUCAAAAUGACUUAAAAACCCAUCAGGAAGGCCAAGAACAGAUAACUUUUGCAAAGGGUAUUAGCCACAAAGGAGGUGCACAAGGGUCUAUAAAAUCUCAGUUGGCAACUGAAAAACAAAAGAAAAUAGAUAUUACAAAAAAUGUCAACACAACAAUGUGGACAGAAUUGACUGCUGAACAACAUGAGGGUAUUAAAAAAGUUAAUCUGAAGACUAAUGAUUCAGUGAAAAGGGAUGUGCAUCAGGAAGUUCAAUCGCUUUUAUCACCUGAUAAGCAACAUCACGAUAAUGUCCAUGAGGCUUUUGAAGAAGACAGAAAGGAAAUGUCAGAUGUGCACAUUACCAGCAGGAUAUCGAAAUAUGGUAGACCACAACGUGAACAAGCAACCAGAGCUAAGUCUACAGAUGAUAAAUAUAAUGCACGCAAAAUAAGAGAAAACUUUGGUUCAGUUGACAGACAAAUACCUAAACAGCAGGUUUCAAUCACAACAGAUGGUCAACAUACUUUGCAAUCACCAAGGACUGCUGAGAUUGUUAAAAAACCAACUGCUGAGAUCUGUUUAGAUGUUAAUACAUUACUUGCACAAGUGAAUUCUCAACAUAUUCAGAACACCAGUACUCUUCAGCACAUGGCACAAAUAUCCAAUCAGACAGCUCAGACCUCUGCAUCUCAAUCAAUUAGGGAAUAUGAUGUAAGAAGAAAACAGAAAACUAAAAGUAACAAACAAUUGAUUAAAAAUAUGGGUGACCAUGGUCAGAGAGUAAAUAAAGAAGUUGCACCUAAGAUCAAUUCUGGAAUGAUGUCUUGUGAAAAAUUACAAAUGUCUACAAACAGGAUGGAUAGUAAAUCUCAAAACACUACGAAGAAAGAAAUAAGUCAUGUGAAAAUGGACAAAAAGCGAACACCAGGGGUUCAAUUUUCAAUUCCCCACCCACCUCCACCUAUUCCCCUAAUGUCUGAUGGUGAGCUCUCACUUCCUCCUCCUCCUCCCCCUCCUCCUCUUCCUUCACAUGUAGAAGAAGAUGCUCAAAUGUCUCCUCUCCCACCACCGCCACCACCAUUAGUUCACAUAAAACCAGAGAUGUAUGAAAUUGAUCUCCCUCCAUCUCCUCUUCCUACUCCACCUCCACCCCCUCCCCCUCCCCCCAUAAGUCCUAUUACGCCUAUGGUCCAGGAAAUGUUCGCGGCAGGACAUCCUUCUCCAUUUCCCUCACAGUCUGAUUUAAAUUUACUACCGCCAUGCCUUCCCCAGUCACCUUCCCAGCAAAGGAAACUGGUUAAUAAGGCAUCAAAACUACAGUCUUCACCGAAAAUGCCAAACACUGAAUACAGCAAAUCAAAACAGCAACCUAAGAAAAACCUUGUUUCAAAAUCAAAUGUAAUCAUGCCUGAGGAUUCUAUAUCAUCAAAGCAAGACAUUCAACAGCAGAAGUAUCAACCCACACAAGAGAAACAACAUGAACCUCUUCAGCAUUCAACAUGUCCACAAGUUGGACAAUCAUCACUCCAUCAACCCGUAAUACAAACUGCUCAAAAACCAGCACAGAAAAAGCAAGCACAGGUUCCUCCUGCUAACAAAGUGUUUAUGCCACAAGAUCAUACAAUCAAAACAAAAACUGCAAAGCCACAACCCAAGCCCUAUACCAGGAAAUUUAAAACUCCUUUAAUGAUUGCGGAAGAAAAAUAUAGGAAAGAGAGAGAAGAAAUGGAAAAAAGCAAAGCAGCUAAAAUGGCUUGGCCGAUCAACACGGGUAAGCUCACUACAGCAGCAUUGCAAAGCCCAACUAAAGCAGAAUCUGAAAACAGCCUUACAGUGAAGUCUUCAGCUUUACCAAAUAUCACAUCAGUUGUUGAUCAGCUGACUUCUCCAGCUAGCCAGGCAAUGGAAAAGGAAACCAUGACUACUGUUGAAAAAUACCCAACUUAUCCAAAAACUUCAGAGGCCUCGACUGCAAAAGAUUUGAUCACUGCAAACACAGUGUCGUCUGAUUCUCCAUCCCAUUCAACAGUGGUAGCAGCUUCAAAGCAUCUGCACAAUAUCUUAAAUUAUUCUAACAAUGUAAUCAGUCAUAAAGAAGAGAUAUUUAAUGCAUUUAAAGAUUCUGUGAAAGAUAUUGGAUUGGAAACUAUUAAACAAGACAAUGAGAUACAUAAAAAGACACGAGAACAAUCUAGUCACCUAAAGCCUCAUUCAGCAUCUUCAUCAAAAAUUAAGGUUAAAACUAUUCAGCCACCUAAAGAGAGUCAAGUAAUGCAAGAACAGGAAAAAAAUGUAUUGUCCUAUAAAAAGAAACAAAAACAAAUUUUGAAACCAGAAGCAAAUAAAAGUCCAGAGAAAACUAUCAUCAAACAGUUUCAGGUAAAACAAAAUAACAAAUUGGAUAUGACUGAACAAGAGCAGCAUCACAUUAUUGUUCAACAAGAUAAUCAUAUGGGUGAAUAUUACAAACCAGUAACUGAAGAGAAGGAUGAGAAAAUUGAAGAGACAACUAUUGCACAAACACUCACAACAAAUGUGGCACAGGAUCAAGUAAAAGAUAAGAAGGUAAUACAACAGUACAACCGACAGUCACACAGAGCAAAUUUAAAAGAAACUCAGCAAGUACAGCAAAAGAAGGACAAAGUGGGGGUAUCUAAAGAAAUUAAGAGUGAAAAGAUACAGAAACCUCGUGUUAUGGCUCAGAAGGAGGCAUUUCCGAAAUAUCAAGGAGAACAAGACCAGCAGAAAAGUGACUUAAUAGCAACUAAUCAAAAGCCUUUGGCACAUGUGAAAAAACACCAUGAUUGGAAAGAAAUGCAAAUUUCAAAAAAAUUGACUGAACAGAAAGCUGACCAGGGCUCUUUCCAGGCAACAGAAGAGCAAGUUUCCUAUUUACAAGACACAAAUAGCAAGCAAGGGCUGGUCCCUGCUCACAUGGAAGAUACAAAACUGGAGGACAAAGAAAGUAGAAAAAGUAGAAAUACUGCUACACAUAAAAAGAAAUUUGAUAAGAAUGUCGCUGAACAUUCUGUAGAAAUUAGUGAUAGUUACAGAAAGCAUGAGGAAUUGCAAAAUAUUUUAUUCCAACUGAUUCAGUUUGAAAAAGAGAAUGACAACAUAGAUUUAAAUACAAUACAAGCCUUUUUGGAAAAGGUACCUAAAUGGCUGACAGAUGGCCGUGAAUUUUCAAUGAAGGUUAUCAAAGGAAAUGAUUUGCAAAUACUGAAAAAAGAACUAACACAGAUCAAACAGAAGGCAUUACUAAGGCUUGCAUACCUUGACGAAUCAAUAAAAAAAGCAUUGAUUUCUAUGUCUGGUUUAAAACCUGAAGUAGAAACAUUUAGUGGUAGUGCACCUUCACAGAAGAUUUCCAAGAUAAGCAUUGGCUCUUGCAAGUUAGAUAACCAAGGAAAAAGCAAUGCAGAAGAGCGAGUAUGUGAAAGUAGAAAACAACAGUUGUGUGAAAUUGGACUUGCAGAGCAGAGAGCCCAGUCUCCAGCAAAAAGAAUGUCAUCACCAUCCCCUUCUUACAUCACUAUUGAAUCAACAGCAAGGCGCACUGAAUCACCUCUUAGAGCUGUUACCUCUCCACUACUCUCUCAGAAGCAAUACUGCACACCAUACACUGUGCAACAGGAACCUACACCAACAUCUCCACUCCCGAUGUGUAGCUCAGAAAUUAAAACAUCCAGAAUUCGUACGUCGUCCACAUCAUCAGCCUCUCCACCACGAGUCAAACGUUAUGAUCAGCUUGCCAAACUUAAAGAUACUACAGCAAAACUGUCACAGGGAAUUUCACAGUCUAUGCAGUCUACACAUGUUCAGGUGGCAGAAAAGAGGUCAGAAAUUAUUCCAUCACCAGCAACUCUUCAACGACAGUUAAAGAUUGACACACCAGUAGCAGAUAUGUUACCUAAACAUGAAUCUCCUGUAUCAUCCGUUGCAGUUAAGGAUAUAACAGAAAUGUUUGAAGAGGCUAGAAGGUCAGAAGAAAACAAAGUGUAUAUACGUAAGGAACCCAUUGACAUUCCUGAACGUUUGGGCUCUGACACCGAGGAGUCUGAAUCUGCUGUUAACAAGCAGAAUGUUCAGAUGCCAAAAGUAGAUCUUUCAGAACUUGUUAAUAAGUUUGAAAUACCAGAACAAAUAAAUUAUUUUCAAAAGGAGCCAGCUAUAAUCACUGAAAGAUUAGGAACAGCUAGUGAAAAUAAUCCAUUUGGGACAAAAACUGCAUUUGAGGAAAUGCCAACAUUUGAUAUGAAAUCUGUCAAGCCUCAAGCUGAAUGCUCUGGUCAAAUUACAAUUCCUGUGAAACAUGAAUAUCCCCAGGGAAAUGGAAAUCCUUUGCAGAAAUCUAAAAUUUCUCAGAACGUCAAGGAAGGGGUUAAGACAUCAACACAAUCCUUGCUAUAUCCUGAUGCAAUUAAUAAGCAGUUUGCACAUGUGGACGGAUUUGAAACUGAAGCAAUUGGCUCCAGAACUAGAAUUCAGCACUCUGAAAUGUUUUCAGGCAUUGAUUCUAGGCAUGCACCACCAACUUAUGAAGAUGUAAUUUCAGGACAGAUAUUAGAUAUAUCAGCUGAUAACACAACAGAAGAAUUGCGGAAGAAUUUUCAAAAGACAUGGCAGGAGAGUGAACGCGUCUUCAGGAGCCUUGGCUAUGAGAUCUCAGAUACCAGCGAGUCGAGGUGGCAAGAAGACAUGUUUCAAGAAGAUAUGGUUUUGACUGGUAAUCUGCAUGAACAGCAUGAAGAUUUAAUGCAAAAAGCAACUAAAUUAAUAAAGUCAAGGUUGAACAGAUCAAAAAUAUAAUGAAAUGAAUACUAAUCUUUUUUUUCUUGAUUGAUUUGCUGUAUUGUUUUAUACUCAUCACAGUUUUCUUGUGAUGAGCGUAAAA